AUGUACCGAGCGGCUGGGGGGAGGAAGGGACGGGUCAAGAGAAACUGGAUGCGGGACAUCGCCACGGAGGAGAAGCUGAGUUCGACCGCGCAAGAGGAUACAGUCGACCGCCUUGCGCUCGACCCGGAACAGACGCCCCCUCACAAUCCUGACGUACCACGCCAAUCGGUCGAAGACAGUCCGCUCUCACACAAGAGCUCUCUACAUGGGACCCCUGCCUCUCAGCGCCGGCGAAGCAUCGAAGACUGGAGCUUUGAUAUGAACGAAGCUUCACUCAUCGCGUCCACACCCUACCGCCCGCGAAACACAGUUUUGGAUGACAUACGGAAUAGAGAAAUAGAAGCCCUGAAAGAGCAGGGCGUCGCAACAAAUAGGCUGGACACGAUAAGAGGAAGUCCGCCGGAGGAAUUACGGCGCCCGCGCUCUGCAUCGACAAAAUCUACCAUGGGCCAGUUGGAAGGGGCAGCACCCGAGCAGACUAGCCCUGUACAAGAUCUUACUGAACUGCAUAUUCAGAAACGAAACAAAUCGUGGCAAGCUGUCGGCAAAGCACCGGCAAUAACGGGGGAAGGCACAGAGGGUUCACCCAUCGUAGUGUAUAAGAAGAACACAGAGACGAUCGGCAUGGUAGACAGCCGGCUUCUUGCCGAUGCUGCGAGUGUGAGGCGACCGUCUCAUCGAAGAGACGUUUCACGGGAUCUAUUGCGUCGACUUGCUAGGGCAUCGAGUACUCCAAGCCCUGGUAGACCGGAAGUUUCGCGACCCCAGACGGCACCGACAAAGCAAUUAGACAGUUCUUCCCAAACUAUAGCCACUGAGACGUCUCCAUCAGGUCCUUCUUCGAGGGGAGUUUUAGGUGCGGUCACCUCCGCAGAGCGAACCACUGAUGAGCCCACUAAUCCAGACGAACAUCCGCGACGGGAAUCUGAAAAGCCCAGCGGACCUCGAGCGACCCAAGCCUCUUCAAACGAAAGCCUGCGAAAUAUCGCUGAUGCGACACCCAAGCUAGCCGAACGCUCAAUGCUCCAUCCCAAAACGCCAGUAGUGACGGGCGCAUGGGUAGACACAAUUAUAGGCAGUCCUGACAUCUCCACCGUCCGAAAAUCUACAAAAUCUUCGCAGCCGUCAAUUUCCCCUCUCAAACGCAGCCCUCGGAAACAGUCUUUACAAGAUUUACAAGCUGCUCUACCCGCGGAAAACCAACAACUUACGCCAGAAGUAUCGAAACCAGAUUUGCCACGAUCAGUACUGGGUGCGCUCGUGGAAGAGGCACGAGCGAGUGGAGAGCGACGGUCGACAGACUACGGCGAAUCAACCAUUAACUCACUAGAAGAGCUGAUUGCGCCAAUAGCUAAUGCUGUUGAGUCUGGCGAGCCAGACGAAGACACAUUGCCAUUAGAUGUUCUGACAAAAGCCCCGCGUACGGAAGCAGAGCGACGACGGCAAGAGGAACUCCUUCACAUCCAAAACAUGGACCGGAGACUACGCUCAACACGAACCAGCCUCCGCGACACCAGCCGUGGCAUCCGGCGAGUAGAAGAGCAGAUCGAGCGUAGCGGCGAGCGGACAACCAUCGUCUCAGACAACAACUCCGGUGAAAAAAUCAUCUACCGCGAAUAUAAGUGCCCGUGCGCCGAAAGCGGCGGGCACCAGUUCUACCUUUGGAAAGCCAUCAAGCUCAUCUUCUACGAUGAAACGUUGAAGCCGAAACGGCGGGGCUGGGGUUUGACCUGGCUCAGCAUCUUCCUCAUUUCUUUUCUUACGUGGUUCAUUCUCGAAAACAUCUGCUGCGAGAUAUGGGGCCACCAUACCUACGCGUCGAGUUAUAAGGGCUAUGGUGUCAUCUGGGGCGCGCCCGAAUACCCGUAUGUGCUACCUACUAUGACUUAUCGCGCUCUCAUCAAGCCUUGGUGGCGGCCUUUGUACACGUUGUUCUCUUGGAUGUGGGGAGCUGUUGGAGCUGGGACUGUAGAAGCGGCGCCUAAGGCUAAGACGACGGCUGCAAGGUUUGCGGAGAGGAUUCUAGUUAGGGAUCAGACGAGAGUGAUGUUUGAGGAGGAGGCUGCGAGUGUUUUGGGCAUGGCGGGAGAUGAGGUUGUGAGAUGA